CGUCUCGGCUCCCCCAUAUAAUCCCAACCACGCCCCGUCCUUCUCAUCUCAUCAGAAUCCAGAGUCCGCACGCGAGAACUCACACCGACGGACAUGGGGAACUGCCAGGCGGCGGAAGCGGCGGCCGUGGUGAUCCAGCACCCGGGCGACGGCAAGGUGGAGCGCCUCCACUGGCCAACCACCGCGGCGGACGUCAUGCGCAGGAACCCCGGCCACUACGUCGCGCUCGUCCUCCUCCAUCACGACUCUCGAGGAGUUGACCCCGACCCCGCCGUCCCCGGAGGAGGAGGAGGUGCCAGGAUAACCAAGGUGAAGCUCCUCAAGCCCAGGGACACGCUCCACCUCGGCCAGGUCUACCGCCUCAUCACCUCCCAAGAGGUGACCAAGGCCGUGCAGACGAGGAGGCAGGAGAGGACGCGCGGUUGCGACGAGGCGAUCGAGCAGGAGCGGCCGCGGCUGCACCGGCGACGGCAGCCGCCGAGGCCGAGAGGCGACAACGCGGCCACUACAGAACAGAGGCAGCCCGCCGACCAUCAGCAACGGAAGCAGCUGGAGAAGGACCGGCACCACCGGAGCAUGGCGGCCGCCCGCGGGGGAGGCAGAAGCCGGCACUGGCGCCCGGCGCUGCAGAGCAUCACAGAGUCGUCGUCGUCGUCGUCGUCGAGCGGGCACGCCGACUGCGAGGAUGUACCAUCUAAAUGAACCGGAAAUGGUAGGAGGAGCUAGGAACGUGUACAUUUCGCGAGAGGAGCGGCAAGGCGUCGUCGCCAGAGAGUUGCCCUUUCGUUGUAGCCAUGGAACACUGCCCUGAACGUGCGUGAAAAACUGAAAAUACGUCCA